AGAAACUCCGAUUGGAUACUUAAAUAGAAAAAAAAUCUGCUGUAUUGAUUUCUUAUUGGUCGUAUGAUGUUUCUGCCUGUUUGGACAGAUCAACAACACAUUAUGUCGGGAUGGAUGCAGCUACUCUCACGUACGACACACUUGGCUUUGGAGAGUUUGAAGAUUUUCCAGAGACCUCAGAGCCAGUGUGGAUCUUGGGGAAAGAAUUCAACGCACUCACAGAAAAGGAUGACAUUCUUUCAGAUGUCACUUCACGAUUAUGGUUCACCUACAGAAAAAACUUCCCACCCAUUGGAGGGACAGGGCCUACGUCCGACACAGGCUGGGGCUGCAUGCUGCGAUGUGGACAGAUGAUCCUAGGCGAGGCCCUGGUCUGCAGGCAUCUAGGCCGAGACUGGAGAUGGGUGAGAGGACAGCCUCAGAGAGGACAGUACAUCAGUAUCCUCAACGCCUUCCUUGACAAGAAAGACAGCUACUAUUCUUUACAUCAAAUUGCCCAGAUGGGAGUCGGGGAGGGGAAGUCUAUAGGCCAGUGGUACGGACCGAACACAGUGGCACAGGUACUGAAGAAACUAACAGUGUUUGACUCGUGGAGUCGUCUGGCGGUACAUGUUGCUAUGGACAACACCGUGGUGAUGGAGGAGAUCAAGCGGUUGUGUAUGCCCUGGCGGGACUAUGGUGGAGCAGCGUGUGCAGAGCCCCCGGGGUGGAUGCCGAAGCAUAACGGCUGCCUGGAGGGGGCCUGUGCCCUGGCUGAGGAGGAGACGGCUCUCUGGAAGCCCCUGGUCCUUCUCAUCCCUCUCAGGCUGGGCCUGAGCGACAUCAACAAGGCCUACAUUGAGACCCUGAAGCAAUGCUUUCAGCUGCCCCAGUCCCUGGGUGUCAUCGGAGGGAAACCCAACAGUGCCCAUUACUUCAUAGGCUAUGUUGGAGAGGAGUUGAUCUACCUGGACCCCCACACCACCCAGCCUGCGGUAGAGCCCUGUGAGGACAGCCAGGUCCCCGACGACACUUACCACUGUCAGCAUCCGCCGUGCCGCAUGCACAUCUGUGAAAUAGACCCCUCCGUCGCAGUGGGUUUCUUCUGCAGAACGGAGGACGACUUCGAUGACUGGUGUAUGCGUAUCCGAAAGUUGCCCCACACUAGAGGAAGCCUGCCCAUGUUUGAGCUGGUAGACUGUCAACCAUCUCACUUCGCCUGCUCUGUAGACGUGCUCAACCUCACUCCAGAUGAGGCUGAGAUUCAGUCAGAGGUGCGUUGUGGACAAGCGCAUUGCACUACCGACAAAGCGCCUUUUAAAGGCAAUUUCCCUGACGUUCGCGGUGAUGUUCACGAUUUCUCAGACCGGUCGGAGCGGUUCUUUGAUUCUGAGGAUGAAGAGUUUGAGAUCCUGUCCCUGUGAUGAACAGGAGGAAUACAGUUACUAUCUGUCCUGGCAGAAACCCCCGACGAUUCGUCUCUGUGUCAGAAGGGAAGCCAAUAAGGGACAGGAGAUGACUGGUGACAUCACUAGCCCAGUCUGGCACCGAUGGUGUAGUGAUGUGUCAAACAGUUGUCUUCUGGUCAGUCACCUGGUGCUCUCCGUAUCCAAUGAGGAGACUCCUUGCGGCGAGGUGGUAGCAGCUAGUGCUCUCCGUAUCCAAUGAGGAGACUCCUUGCUGCGAGGUGGUACCAGGUAGCAGGAGCUCUCGGGAAACAUUCAGUGCUAUGUGCAUCUUCACAUUGGUUCUCCAUUUUAAGUCUUAAUUCAGUUUCAGUGCAUCUUCACAUUGGUUCUCCAUAUUAAGUCUGAACACAUUAUAUAUUCCCUUUAAGCCAGGGGUGUCAAACUCAUUCUGUGGAGGGCUGAGUGUCUGCAGGUUUUUUCCCCAUAUUGAAUUAAGACCUAGACAAAUAGGUGAUGGGAUUUCCUUAACUAAAUUAGUGACCUUUUAAUUCAAUCAAUCAAUUACAAGGGUGAUGCGGAAAAAUAAAAACAGACACUCGGCCGUCUGUGGAAUGAGUUUAACACGUGUGCUUUAAGUGAUAUGGUGCCUUUCUCUCCCCCUCUCCCCUAAACUGAAUUACAAUAACACACAACGAUGUCUUUAGGAACUUGGUUGACUCUGGCCACACUUGUAUUGACUGAUGUAAAUUGUAAAUCAAAAUGUGUUUGAGUGAAAUUUUUGCAGACAAAGUAGAUUUGUUCUAUAUUAUAAUUCGUUUUAUUGAGAGUACCAUUUUAUAUCUAAAAGAAAUCCCUGUCCUGAACGCUGGCUCAUUUUAAAGAUGGGUUUAUUUCCUCUUAACGACACAUGAAGAAAAAUGAAUGAACGUUUUAAUGAAAAUACAAUUUAAAAAGUUAAAGCUU